AUGUGCGAGCAAAGCUUCUCUCUAUCACUAGAAAUUCAGAUUGUACCAAUGUGGAACGGCGAUGGAAUAGUAGACAUCAAUGACUUUCGAGUUUUUUAUUCAAAGGUGAAUUGUGUGAGGAGAAUCUUUGAAAGACAUCCAGAAACCGCGUUGAAUUUUCGUCCAAAGAACCAAUUGGUGAAAAAUGCCUACAUAAACAACCUCCUCGAGCUCAUCGAUAUAAUUUGCUUAGCUCCUCAGGAGCUCGCAGAGGAGGACCUAAGAGAUGCUCGACUUGCUUUCGAGGAUGUUGUUUGA